UUUUGAGAUCUAAGAAGCCAAAAAAGCAAAAAGUUACUUGUACCAUUUUCGUAAUUUUCGAAGGAAACAUGUCUACUGCUCAGUACAAUGCUGGACAAGCCCGUGGCAACGCUCAGGCCAAGACAGAAGAGUGGGUGCAGUCGGCCCAAAAUACAGCAAAUUCGGCCCAAAAUGCAACAAAUAGGGCCUGUGACAAUGUGGCAGACUCCAGGGACACGGCCCAACAGGAGAGGGAGCAGAAUCCUGGUUUCCUGCAGCAGACUGGAGAGCAAGUGAUGCACAUGGCUCAGGGUGCCAUAGACGGUGUGAAGAACACACUUGGAGUGGGUGCACCUCAUGGAUCUCAGGGAGCCCAAACAGCUCAGGAAGCUCUACCUGCAGCUCAAGACAAGAAGUGAAUGAAAGAAGAACCCGUUAUCAGAUGUGCGUGUGGGACCUAUUGCUUUUUAUUUUAGUUUUUUUAUUUUUUAUUUUUUAGGGUUUGUUGCUUCUGCCUAGCUCUCUCUGGGUAUAGGUGAAAUUUUUUAUUGUUGCUUGAGAUUUCUACUAAGAAGAGAAAUCUAAAUGUAAUAAAAGCUUUAGCAAUAAUGCUAAAGUGGGGUACUAUUGUAAUUUUUGUUUUAGGUAUUGUUAGGGUUUUGCUUCUACCUGAAAUGGUAUUAGUAAAACCAUCCAUUGAUGUCAGACUUUCUUUUUAGAAAGCUCUGGUCAAAUGUAAUAAAGCUUGACAAUAAAGCAUAUUAAAAUUAUGCAAUUGAGUUGGUCAUUUAUAUUUUA